GCUAGCGCGACGUGGCAACGCUUCACCACAUGAAUGAAGAAUCUAUUUAAAGCGCAUCAUCCACUGCCCAAACUUUUCUCAUCUGCGAACCAACCCAACCCUCUCCGAAGAUCAAACCAAAAACCCUAGCUAAGCACAGGCAGCAGCGAGGAGGACUAAUCUCACGCGCUAUGGCUUCGAGAAGAAUUAACAAGGAGCUUAGGGACCUGCAAAAGGACCCUCCUGCCUCUUGCAGCGCCGGUCCUGUGGGUGAUGAUAUGUACCACUGGCAAGCAACUAUUAUGGGUCCCACUGAUAGCCCAUUCGCCGGAGGUGUCUUUCUUGUUUCCAUUCACUUCCCUCCAGAUUACCCCUUCAAGCCACCUAAGGUUUCCUUCCGCACCAAGGUUUAUCACCCCAAUGUCAACAGUAAUGGCAGUAUCUGUCUUGACAUUCUGAAAGAGCAAUGGAGCCCUGCACUUACCCUAUCCAAGGUUCUGCUGUCGAUAUGCUCAUUGCUGACAGAUCCAAACCCUGAUGAUCCUCUGGUUCCUGAAAUAGCUAACAUCUACAAGACAGACCGUACCAAGUACGAGAACACUGCCCGAUCCUGGACCCAGAAGUAUGCAAUGGGAUGAUGAUGGUUUGGCAACAAUGAUCCGCACCAGUAAAUUGCGCAUUUGUCUAAGAAAUGGAGAAAUAAAAGAAAAAACAUGAAUUUGGCUUUUGCUUGGUUGCUUGAUUUAAUUUGCUUUAUUAUCUUAUUAUUAAGCCAUGUUUUGGUUGUGUACAUGAGCUUUUAUUAAAACCUUAUUGAAACAUUUGAUAUUUGCAAUGCUUUUAAGCAACUGGUUGGGUAUUAUAAUGAGUAAAA